CUGCACUAUGGGACCCUCAUGGGCAGCAGAGCCUGUGUCAAAAUGGCAGCAGCUGCCUGGGCCAGUGGUUUUCUCAAUGCUCUCCUGCACACUGCCAACACAUUUUCAAUACCACUCUGCCAAGGCAACACAGUGGACCAGUUCUUCUGUGAAAUCCCCCAGAUCCUCAAGCUCUCCUGCUCAGACUCCUACCUCACAGAAGCGGGCCUUCUUCUGGUUGGUACCUUUUUAAUGUUUGGAUGUUUCAUUUUCAUUGUGGUGUCCUACGUGCAGAUCUUCACUGCUGUGCUGAGGAUUCCCUCUGAGCAGGGCCGGCACAAAGCCUUUUCCAUGUGCCUCCCACACCUGGCCGUGGUCUCCCUGUUUGUCAGCACUACAGCAUUUGCCUACCUGAAGCCCCCCUCCCUCUCCUCCCCAUCUCUGGAUCUGGUGGUGGCUGUUCUGUACUCGGUGGUGCCUCCAUUUGGGAUCAUCCACAAGUAUGAUGAGUGUUGCCUCCUGCGUGUAACUAGUACAGAUGAUAAACAAGACAAGUUCCUGGAGAGAUCAGUGGUGCUGCACUUCUCCCUGGCCUCCAGGAAGUGCUACCCAUUCACCGCUGCCCUCUGA